AUGAAUAUCAAAGAUUUACUUAACAAUGACUCUGAGACCAGAACAAGUGGUCAUAUGCUUGAUGAUUCGUUUUUUGUUAAACGCUCAAAUCGGAUUGAAGACCGUAUUAUUGCCCAAGCCUGUGAAAAAUUCAACAACAGGAACAAGGUUGCUACCACUGCCCCUAUGGACUUUGACAAGUUCUUGGCUGCAGGCAAUAGCAAUCACAAUGAAGCAGAGAGUAUGGACACCGAUGAUGUUCAAGUCGAGUCUGUUGAGGAAAUCAACGAAAACAUCGACUAUAUGUCUGAUAAUGACUAUGGAUAUUCGCGUGUCCGUAACCCUGACAGAGUGUACAAUGCUCCAGUAGACCAUGUCACUGAUUAUGAACAUUUUGUUCCCACACACGUGUCCAACAGUCGUGCACAGGCUGUCAGUCUGGAAUUGUUUUCCAUGUUUUUUGAGAACAACGUCUCUCGUGAAGUCUAUGACAAAUGCAUAAAAAUUGUCAACAAGUACAUGGCAGAACUUGGAUCCACUAAAGUGGAUUCACUUCUGUCAUACUACAGGGUAGACAUCUUGUUGAAGGAGGAGUACCCAGUGAAGUCCGUUGCAUACGAUAUGUGCAUAAAUGGAUGCUGCCGGUUCUCAACAGUAGAAGAAGGAGACUUCAUCGACGAGGAUGAGACAUGUCCUCAUUGCGGUGAGGACAGGUACAAAGUGGAGAGAGCGAGUGUAAAGCCUGCACAGACCUUUCAGAUCGUGCCUCUCUCAGAGCAACUGCGGUUCGAACUCGCCCACCCCGAGGAAUGGGCCAAGAUGGCCUAUGGUACAAGGUGUUUGGCUGGCAGACGUGAAGAUGUACGUGAAGACAUCUUCGAUGGAGACGCAGUCGGACGGUUACUUGAUCGUGGAGUGGUUGGUCAGGAUGACAUUUUGGUGUCCAUGUUUGUUGACCAGUUCAACCCAUUUAAAAAUGCCAAAAUGGCAUCCUCUGUUAUUCAUGUUAUUAACCUGAAUAUUGAUCCUAAAGAAAGAUACAAGGCAGGUAACAUGAUACAGUUGGCUAUCAUACCAGGACCUAACCAUCCGAAAGAUAUCGCUUCGUUUUUGGAGCUGGUUCUCGAUGACCUGAGAAACUUGGGGGCAAAUGGCCUGCAGUUUCAGACUGAUUCUGGACUGGUGAUUGCCAAGGUUCAUCUUGUCAUGGCGACUGGAGAUACUCCAGCCGUCUCUGACUUGAUGAACCUGGCACAUCACAAUGCCCAUCACAGAUGCAGAGCUUGCUUCUCGUAUGGUGCAAGAGAUUCAAGCACGACUUGUAUUGUGGAAAGAGACGGACCGUCACUAUUGAGAACAGAAGAGAGUUUGCACCAGUCCGUUGGAGGCAUGUACGGCGUCAAAGGGCCCAACAUCUUCAAGGACUUGCCCACAAUGACCAGUACUGCUUUCUUCGGACUGGAUGAGAUGCACCUUCUAGGUCACGGUACAGGCCAGCAGCUGUACGUUGCACUUGGAGGAAAAUUCUGCCCCACGAUCAAUGACGGUGGAAGAAAUGCACAUGGCAUUCACUUGCAAGACCGGUUGAAACACCACAGAUACCCGUUUGCCCUGGAUGUCAGUCUGGAAGAUAUCGACAAAGCAAUUUGUGCAUCCAGGGCCGAUAUACCAGCCGAUUUCACAGGAACGUGGAGAUCCUUGAAGGAAUCCAACGGCAAGAGGAAGGCUGUCGAUUGGAUAGACUUCCUCUUGUUUGUUGUUCCAACGAUUGUCGUCGAUCAUUUCGUUUUUGAUCGUACGAAAGCAGCAGUGAUGAAACUUGUUACUGCAUGCAGAAUUGCCCAGCAGUGGAGGAUCACUGCUGCCAAUAUCCAAGAAGCAGAGGAGGCCAUUGGUCGCUGUCAUGCCUUCCUCCGUUGUGAGAUCGAAGAAAAGAGGCUGAAGCCUACGGUUUUCGUGACGAACCAGCAUAUGCUGGUUCAUCUCAGCUAUAUGAUGCGGGAGAUGGGCCCUCUGCGGGCAUACAGUUGUAGGCCAAUCGAAAGGACAAUCGGUGUCUACAGCGCGGCAAUCAAGUCGAGAAAGAAACCAGGAAAGAACAUGGAGAAUCUCUUGCUCGGAAAGGCAGCAAUCCAUCACUGUCUUGGUUGCCGACCUGUCAUUUGUGCCACAAAUGACAGAAGGACCAGCAACUUCGAGGUUGCAAGUAACGAUGUUGCUGGUCCUCAACUUUGGUCCAGGCCAACUCGAAGCUCUCUGGCUGAGUUGGCUGCCGCCAUUGGCAUAGAGUGCCAGGACUUGGUCCGCAGUUUGGUGCCUUUCUGGGCAAGAGAAGGCAUUGUUUCCUUUGAGGAAAACGAUGAAGUGGUUUGCGCCAACAAGAUGUGGAAAGACUCGGUGGUCUAUAGAGUCCGGUCCUCUGUUGACAGCAGGCAUGGUCGAGCAAACAAUCUUGCUGUGCUCGACGAUGCCAGGGAGUAUAGAUUUAUUCUUAAAUUCUUCUCCCAAACUGUCAACAGAGUGACCAGACUCUUUGCGGCCAUCGACUGUCUUUCCGAUGUUCAACGCGUGAACCAGGAUCUUUUCCCUGCGUGGGAUAGCCUGGCACCUGGUGUGGUGAAGGUGGUGGACGUGAAGUCUAUCAAGGGGAUCGCUGGCCUCGUCCACGACCCAAACGACGAGGCCAUUUGGCACAUUAUCUGGCCUUUGCUGAAAUACAACCAAUAG